GAGGGAACGAAAGAGAGAGCUGCGAUGUGCUGCGGCGGUGACGGCGAGUGCCGGCCGUUGGGGUGGCUGCUCGGCCUGCCGUUCGCGCUGCUCGCCGUCCUCGUCUCCAUCGUCGGCGCCAUCAUUUGGAUCAUCGGGCUGCCGAUCUCGUGCAUCUGCCCGUGCUGCCUGUGCGUGACGGUGGUGCUGGAGGCGGCGGUGGAGCUCAUCAAGGCGCCGCUCCAUGUCAUGACCUGGUUCACCUCCAAGAUACCCUGCUAGUACAACCAGCUACCAUUUAGCCUUCAUUCAUCCGUGUACGAUGAUGGCAGAUGAGGAUGGUUCAUGUGAUGCCACUUAGGUUCUGAACUGAUUAAUUUUAUUGAUCAAUAAGUUUUUUUUUAUUC